UCUGGCCCUUCAGCCAUGGACACCCAAGAGACACCUCUGAAGGACGGGCUUCUCUACCAGCAACAUGUGAAAUUUGGCAAGAAAUCCUGGCGGAAGGUAUGGGCCUUCCUUUAUGCCGAUGGCCCUUCAGGAGUGGCCCGACUGGAAAGCUGGGACGUAAGAGAUGGCGGGGCUGGACCAGCAAGUGACAAACCCACUGGGCGUCGGGGUGAACGGCGAGUGAUCCGGAUGGCUGACUGUGUGUCUGUGCUGCCAGCCGAUGGUGAAAGCUGCCCUCGGGACACCGCUGCCUUCCUGCUCACCACCACCGAACGCAGCCACAUGCUGGCUGCCCAGCACCGGCACACAUGGAUGGCUCACAUCUGUCAUUUGGCAUUUCCGAACAUGAAUGGCGUCUCCUCAGGGACUGGAGAAUUUGGAUGUACUGAGCUUGGCCUGGUCCCCAUGGAGGAAAAUUCCAUCUAUUCAUCCUGGCAGGAAAUGGGUGAGUUCUCAGUACUGGUCCAGAAGACCGAAGCGGCCACACGCUGUCAGCUAAAAGGACCUUACCUCCUGGUGACUGGCCAGGAUGCCAUCUACCUGAGUGAGCCCACCACCCCGCAGCCCCUCUAUGUCUGGCCCUAUCACUUCCUGCGCAAGUUUGGCUAUGACAAGGGUGUCUUCUCUUUUGAGGCUGGCCGGCGCUGUGACUCUGGGGAGGGCCUCUUUGCCUUCAGCUGCCCCCGGGCCUCAGAGAUCUGUAGCGCUGUGAGUGCAGCUAUUGCUCGCCAGAGACAUCUUCCUGGACCUGCUGCUUCCCGGCCCUGCCCCUUGUCCCGGGCCUCCUCCCUGCCCUCGUUGGAGCCCAUGGCAGAGUUGAGGGAAGCUCCUCUUGGGCUAGAGGCCUGGGGAGGCCAACCAUCUAACAGAAAGGCCCAGCUGGUCCUAGAGGUGGGUCCCCAGAGCCUGCCCCCCUGCCUGGGGACUACGCUACCAGAUGGGCCUCCCUCGGCUGGCCCUUCAGGUUCUGCACUCUAUGCCUCCAUCUCUAAGGGGUCCAGUGGCCCUCCAUGCACUGCUCCCGAUCCAGCCUCUGCUCCAGGUCCAGCGCCCAUCCCUGUGGCUGAGCACCUGUAUGAAAACCUGUGUACAUUGGAGGACGGCUGCAGCCCUGAGCCAAGGGGGGAGGGCCUGCUGCAGGCUUCCCACGGUGGCCACAAGGACCUCCACAUCUAUGACAACAGUGAGUGUCUGAGCUGGCCCGGUGCCCAGGCCCCUAUGGAUAGCACCCUGGAGGCCCAGUACCGCAGGUUACUUGAGUUGGACCUGAAUGAGGAAGGCGAAGGCACAGAGGAGACUGAGGACAAUGGGCCUGGGCGCCUCUUGGGUCAUUCAGGCUUCAAGGCCAAGCUCGUGACCCUGCUGAGCCGGGAGCGGAAGAAGGGCCCAGCUCAAAGGAACCAGGGACUAGGGCCAGCAGAUGGACAAGGCUGAAAAAGUAACCUAUACCUAGGCUGGGACCCAGCCUCCCAGCUCUGUGCAGCAUCCUUUCCCCACUCAAAUCAU